CUUAUUCUGCUGCAGGCCUACCUGUUCCUUCAGUCUGUAACUUCAGCAUUGAUCCUUGUCACCUCGACGCUUCUCCGACCCAUCAAAAACAGGUGCUUGACGAUCCUGGCACGGCCGAAAGAUGGAGUCGAAGCUGUCGAGUUUGCACAUAGAUCUGCCGCCAGCGUCUGCCCUGAAGUUGAAAAGCUCCACUAAGCAAGAGGAAGUGGCCGACUCCUGGGAAGAUGAAGAAGACUUAACGUCUCCAGUCGAUUGGGAUGAAACGCCAACCGAAGGGCCAGGGCCUUCCUUAAAGCCCGUAAAAUCAUCAGAUCCAGCGCUGAAACCUCCACCUCCAACACCUAUAUCGCCGCAAGGGACCAGCGGGCAGUAUAUAGACUGGGCUCCAGCUCAAGUUCUGGGAGGAGGGCGCCCGAGACCACAUAGCCCACCGACAGCCUCGACCCAGACAGAAUCCGAUCGAGAGCGAGAGCGGCGUAGGCCAGAGAAGACCACGGCGACUGCGAGCCGACUCAUCGCUGCAGGAUUGGGCAUGAAAGUCCCGAAGAAGACUGACGAGCAGAGGCAGUACGACCGUGCUAUCAGAGAACAAGAAGUUCGGCGAAAGAACAAGGAAAAGGAAGAUAGGGAAAGACAAAAAGAGGCAGAUGAGAAACUGAAGGCGAAUAUGUGGGAUGGUUGAUUAUGGGUUUCUGUCUCUGUUGCCUGCUGUUCGUGGUACACUUGUGACCGGGUGCACCAUAUGACACGGCCUACCAUGCAGGAUUAACAAAAGGCGGUGAUGGGGUUCGUUUGCAGUUUCCGCAUACUCGAUCAGAGCAAAAAGUAUCAUAACCAUUUUUAUGGUCUUGUACGAUGAUCUCAAUGCUCGGUAUCUUGCUCAGGCCCGGACUGAAGUACAUUCGCUUCUGCUAAAUGGACUCCAUGAGCCAGCAAUUCCAGCAAUCUACCCUCAAACCCUGGGGAAUGCCCGUUCACCACCAUAAUCGAUCCAUUGCAUCUGAGACCGUUGAUCAAGUAGCGUUGCCAUAACGCCGACCAAGAUCCCUCCCAACUAGGUGCAUCCAGGCG